CUGGGGACAGAAACAGUUCUGAUAAAAUAAAAAGGUAUUGCUUACUCUGAAGUAAGUUGGCAAAGACUGCAGUAAAUAAAAGUAGAAAGCUGAGAAACAAACAGCCCUUUCUUGUCACAAAACACUGCAUUCAAGUGUGUGCAUUCAACUCUUUUCAAUUAUUAACUUUUAACAGCCAUGAGGAUAUGGAAAGGAGUGUAUGAGCCCAAGGCUGGAUGCAAGUCACAAUUGAACAGAUCCCCAAGUUACUCUUUGUGCCUCUACCUUAAUGACAUACAGCUUAGGGCAAGCAGGGAAUCAAAAGUGCUGGAAUCAGCAAGUGGAGCCCAUGGAUCGAAAAUGCUCCUCACAACACCCAAGGGAGCUUUCUGCCAGGAAAGAAAUUGGAGUCUUUUGUCAAGAACAGCCUAGGAUUGGAAAUCCAUACCUGGAAGAUGCUUUUCUUCAGGAUUACUUGAAAUCACAGCUACCCACUGAGGUGUUUGCUGAUGUAAGUUUGGACCUUGAACAGUUUGGGACUCGUGUGAAGGAUGAAAUUGAUCUCCUGGGACGCGAGUGUGAGUUAAACCCUCCACAACUUAAGCAGUUCGAUGCCUGGGGGCGGCGUGUGGAUGAAAUUAUCACCUGCCCAGCCUGGAAGAGGAUGAAGGAGAUCUCGGCUGAGGAGGGGCUGAUUGCUGAAGCUUAUGAGAGGAGAUACUCUAACUGGAGCCGCAUUCAUCAGAUUGCCAAACUGUACCUUUUCGCACCUUCUUCUGGUAUUUUUUCGUGUCCUCUGGCCAUGACUGAUGGAGCAGCAAAAGUAAUAGAGUCCUUGGGGAUCCCCAAGCCCCUCGAAGGUGGUUUUUUCCACUUGACAUCACGUGACCCUGCCAAAUUCUGGACUUCUGGCCAGUGGAUGACUGAACGCAGAGGGGGCUCUGAUGUUGCUAAUGGCACAGAGACAGUUGCCCUGGAACUCCCUGAUGGCAGCUACAGUCUCCAUGGCUUGACGUUUACUUCGGCCACCGAUUCAGAUAUAACUUUGACACUGGCAAGGAGCAUGACUGCAGAUGGACAAAUACAGCAGGGCUCCAAAGGUCUGUCUCUGUUCUACCUGAAGAUGCGCGAUGAGGAAGGGAAGCUGAAUGGGAUUGAGAUACAACGACUGAAAGACAAGCUGGGCACAAGGCAACUGCCGACCGCGGAGCUGCUCCUAAAUGGAGCCAAGACACUCAAGAUCUCUGUGGAGGGCCGGGGUGUGGCUUCCAUUGUAAACAUGCUGACCAUCUCUAGGAUCCACAAUGUCAUUGCUGCAGUUGCAUGCAUGAGAAGAGUGAUCACCCUGGCAAGGGAUUAUGCCACCAAGAGGGAAGCCUUUGGAAAACCCCUGAAGGCUCACCCGUUGCACAUGCAGACUUUGGCUCGAAUGGAGGUGCAAGCUCGAGGAGCAUUCCUGCUGAUGAUGGAGAUAGGGAGAUUGCUUGGACUGGAAGAAACCAAUAAGGACACUGAGCAAGACCAGCACAUGCUUAGACUGCUGACGCCUGUUGCCAAACUUUACACUGGGAAACAGGCUGUUGCGGUUAUCUCAGAAGGGCUGGAGUGUUUUGGAGGGCAGGGCUACAUGGAAGAUACAGGCCUGGCAGGAGCUUUGCGGGAUGCCCAGGUGCUAACUAUCUGGGAAGGAACAACCAAUAUCCUCUCUCUGGAUGUUCUGCGCUCCCUUGUCAAGAGCCAAGGGAAAGUGCUGGAUGCAUUUUUCUCUACUGCCCAGGCCAGGUUGAAGGUGGCGCUUAGCAACUCUGAACUGGAACUUUCUGUGCAAAUAGUUCAAAAUGCUCUCCACAAACUCAGACAGUUCACUCAGAAAAUAAGCCUAGAGGGGGAAGCCGGGAUGCAGCUGUCUGCAAGAGACUUUGCCUAUGCUCUGGCACGGAUCUAUGGAGGAGUUCUCCUGCUGGAAUAUGCUGCCAGGCCGAAUGCAUCAGCCACAGACAUCUAUGCUGCUCAGAGAUGGUGUCACCAAGACAUGUGCCCUGUGGACAGUGAAGACAAAGCUGGGUCUUAUAGCACUGGAGCAGCUUCUCUGGAUACUUCCUUGGUUUAUGACAAACACCCAGUUCUGAAAGGAAGACUGUAAGAAGGAAGGCAGAAGAGAUGCCAUGCACUAUCCUGGAAAAAAGAAGUUACUGGGGACAGAGACAGUUCUGAUAAAAUAAAAAUGUAUUGUUUACUCUGAAGUAAGUUGGCAAAGACUGCAGUAAAUAAAAGUGGAAAGCUGAGAAACAAACAGCCCUUUCUUGUCACAAAACACUGCAUUCAAGUGUGUGCAUUCAACUCUUUUCAAUUAUUAACUUUUAACAGCCAUGAGGAUAUGGAAAGGAGUGUAUGAGCCCAAGGCUGGAUGCAAGUCACAAUUGAACAGAUCCCCAAGUUACUCUUUGUGCCUCUACCUUAAUGACAUACAGGUAUGUUAUGACCACUCAGCAAAAUCAACUUCUAGCUCAUUAUGGAAUAUAAACCAAAUUUUCCCUUGCAAGGACAGUGGCAGAGGAUUGCUUUCAGAGUGUGACAAAUUCUCUGCAUACAUGAAAAGGGGUGCUUUAGAAAUUGCUUGGAAAGUAACUUGCUUGAUACCACCAGAUAUUGUAUGGCCACUAAAGCUUAAAAGGCUUUUAAAGAGGAUUGGAUAAAUUCAUGGAGGGUAAGGCUAUCAGUGGCAACUAUUCGUGAUGGUUUGCAUGCACCCUCCAAGUUCAAAGGUGCCAUGCCUCAAUACCAGCUCAGAAAUAGUGAGUGAAGGCUUGCUGAUGGGCUUCUCAGAGGCAUCUGGUUGUCUACUGUUGGAAAGAGGAUGCUGGACUAGAUGUACCUUUGACAUGAUCCAACUGUGGGGCUCUUGUUUUAUCUUCAGAAGGGGCAUAAAUAGAAUACGGAGUGCUUUUGAGAAAAGGCAGCACAGCAGUGUGUCAAAGUUUGGAAUGUGGCUCCUCCAUUGGACAUCUGCAUAUCUCCCAGUUACAUUUCAUGUACACUUGUCCACACACACAGAUAUUAACAGGGCUAAAUUAUAUAGGUUCCAAAGCAGUGUGUGUGUGUGUGCAUCCCAACUAGUAAGUACUGAAGGCUCUGUCUUUGCCCAUAUAAUUAUCUGCUGCAAACCAAAGAGACUCUGUUUAAACCCUAGGAACCUUUCCAAUUUGCAAGCACUUAGGCUGCAACCCUGCAGUUUGGUCAGACUCAUGUUGGUGGCUUCGAGAAUACUGUCUAACCAUCUCUUCCUCUGUCGUCCCCUUCUCCUUGUGCCCUUCAUCUUUCCCAACAUCAGGAUCUUUUCCAGGGAGUCUUCUCUUCUCAUGAGGUGGCCAAAGUAUUGGAGCCUUGGCUUCAGGAUCUGUCCUUCCAGUGAGCACUCAGGGCUGAUUUCCUUAAGAAUGGAUAGGUUUGAUCUUCUUGCAGUCCAUGGGACUCUCAAGAGUCUCCUCCAGCACCAUAAUUCAAAAGCAUCAAUUCUUCGGCGAUCAGCCUUCUUUAUGAUCCAGCUCUCACUUCCAUACAUCACUACUGGGAAAACCAUAGCUUUAACUUUAUGGACCUUUGUUGGCAAGAUGAUUUCUCUGCUUUUUAAGAUGCUGUCUAGGUUUGUCAUUGCUUUUCUCCCAAGAAGCAGGCGCCUUUAAAUUUCAUGACUGCUGUCACCAUCUGCAGUGAUCAUGGAACCCAAGAAAGUAAAAUCUCUCACUGCCUCCAUUUCUUCCCCAUAUAAGUUAAAUAAGCAGGGAGACAAUAUACAGCCUUGUCAUACUCCUUUCCCAAUUUUGAACCAAUCAGUUGUUCCAUACCCAGUCCUUCUGUAACUUCUUGUCCCACAUAGAGAUUUCUCAGGAGAAAGAUGAGAUGAUCAGGCACUCCCAUUUCUUUAAAAAACUUGCCAUAGUUUGCUGUGGUCGACAGUCAAAUGCUUUUGCGUAGUCAAUGAAGCAGAAGUAGAUGUUUUUCUAUAACUCUGUAGCUUUCUCCAUAAUCCAGCGCAUGUUUGCAAUGGUCUCUGGUUCCUCUGCCCCUUCAAGAUCCAACUUGCACUUCUGGGAGUUCUGGGUCCCCAUACUGCUUAAGCCUACCUUGUAGAAUUUUAAGCAUAACCUUGCUAGUGUGUGAAAUGAGCACAAUUAUGCGGUAGUUGGAGCAUUAUUUGGCACUGCCCUUCUUUGGGAUUGGGAUGUAGACUGGUCUUCUCCAAUCCUGUGGCCACUGCUUAGUUUUCUAAACUUGCUGGCAUAUUGAGUAUAGCACCUUAACAGCAUCAUCUUUUAAAAUUUUAAAUAGUUUGGCUGGAAUAUCAUCACUUCCACUGGCCUUAUUAGCAGUGCUUUCUAAGGCCCAUUUGGCUUCACUCUCCAGGAUGUCUGGCUCCCUGGGGUUUACGAGAUCUCCGUAUCUUUCUGGUAUAAUCCCUCUGUGUAUUCUUGCCACCUCUUCUUGAUGUCUUCUGCUUCUGUUAGCAGAUUUAUAUGGUAGACUGGGAGAUUUAUAUGGUAAGCUGGGAGUGCAGAGAAAGUCAUUUAAUGCUUUAGAUCUUACCUACUGCCUGCCACACCUCAAGCAGAAUACCCAAUUGGUGAUGCAGUGUCCUCUUCUUGUGUGAACAAUGAGGGAUGUAGCUGUGUAGUACACCAGUGUCUCUCAUAGCACAUGCAUGGCAGCAUUUUGUACAACACAGUGUGCGCAUAUAUAUACACGAGAAGGUUUUGAAAGGUUUUUUGGUUCCUCUUGCCUAGGAACAGGAGGAGGGGCAUCUCAUACUAGUAAAACCCUCAAGAGGUCAACUUGCUUCCAAAGGCAAACAAGGCUUUGUGCCACUGCCACUGCCACCACCCUGCCCAAACCAGUGAUAAGGAAAAAAGACGUAGCAGCACAUUUCUCCAGCUUACGGAAGGGUGGGGAAGUUAAAAAAGUAGGAAGUGGGUCAGCAAGUGCUCCCAUGCAAAAUUCUAAACUUUAUUCACUUUUAUUUAUAUAUUUAACAAUUCUAAAGUAUUUACGUCUUGCUCUUGACAAAAGAAAAUUGAAAAAUAUAAAGGAGCAACUUUGCGCUCCUCUUCAGGAGAGAAGAGUUUUAUACAGCUAUGUGGCGCGAGUGUCCUGCUUUACAUACAAAGAAUAAAAUAUUAAUAAAAAAGUGCUUCAUUGAUCAAAAAGACUAAGAGCUGCAAGCGUUUAUUCACACUGUACAUCACAGACACCCCCCGCAAAAAAAAACCCGUAUCAGAACCUCUUGGCACCUGUCGUUAUGAACUGCAGAAUAUUAAACCUUGUUUUCACCAUCUAUUUGUACCAUUAAAACCACACUGCCACAAUUAUGCUUUUCCUUCAACAACCAUCUCUCUAUUCACCCACUUUAAUGGAUAAGUACAGAUAAACUCCAUUUACUCCAUUCCAACUCCCACCUCUAUUAAAAAAAGAUUGCUAUGCAUCUUUGCUGCAUAUUCCCAUAACAUUUAAUUUCAUAUUAAAAUUCCAAAAGCCAACUUACGAGCCAGGCUUUGUAUUGCCCCUUCUCCCUGCUGGAAGAAAGGAGUACAAAGAAGCUACGUACAUCCCCCAAGCUGCCUGAAAAGGUGCAAAGUCUCUUCCUAUGCCUCUUGGAAAGGCUUGAUUUUCAUUCCCAAAUGCUUCCUUUGUAUGACUGUGUUGUAAUCAACACACACACCUUUUCACAGAGAACAGGGAAACAAACAAAAGUUUGCUGACAGGGCUUUCUUCUAUCAGGUAUUCCAAUACACUCUAAAACGUCACUUUAGAAGGCAUUGCCCUAUCUUGGCAAUAGGUUAAUUCUAAGUUUGCAAUCUCUUUUCAGAAGAUUGGUUUGCUUAUUACACCACUGCUGCUUGAAAUGACCUCCCUGGAGUCUCUCUUCUUCCUCCAUGCUGCUAUUAAUACACAGCCCCCCUUGGUAUGGUUGGAGGGCUUUAAUGGCAUUGCCACACAUUCCCGGCAGUUGCUGGCUUGGGUACAGUUGCCCACACAAUGUGUAAGAACCACAGGGAGCUCAGUGCUGCCUACGAACUUGUGCCAUGAGGAAGACAUCUCAAGCUGAGGCAGUCUCAAGUGGUGGCAGCUGUGUGAUAAGGGAAACAUGUUCAGUAGUCAAAUUCUACAGGCUGGGGCAGAGGAAAGGAAAGGAAGAUAGAGGCACAUCACUACUUGGUGGAAUAUUAGGCAGAAGCUGCUUCAGCUUCCCCUGGCAAAUGAAUUGCAGAAAAAAUGUAUUUAUUUUCACACCCACCAAGCAAAACCUAUAAGGGGUUUUUUGUUGGCAGGGUUGGGUUGGGAAGACGAUAUUAAAAUAAAUAUAGGGGGACUCAAAACUCUUCAUAGCACAGCAGUAGAAAAGUGAUUUUAAUGUAAGGGGCACAUUUUUUAUUUCAGUGAGUUUUAUCUUUACAUAUUGGGGGGGGGCAGUUUUUAAAAUGCCCUAGUUUGGGGCCUUGGCAAACCAGUUUUCGCUGACUCUCCUCUGUAGAAAAAAAACCAACAAAUCAAAGCCAUCCCCCAUUUGCUUUGGGGUUCUCCUUGUGAGAGGGGGAGCCUGGCCGACAGUAUUAUUUGACUUUGCAUGCAGCCUUCCCAGUGCAGCGAAGCAGCUCUGCCUUCUGUGUAAACUAUCUUUUUUUACGAAAGAAAAAAAGUGGGGGCAAGGAUAGCAUUUUAAUAGCUACUAAUAAGCCCAAACACCAGUUCCUUCAAAACAAAUUGCAUGUACAAGAGUCUUACACUGAGGUGCCAGUUUAAAAAUACAACCCUGAACAGGAAUGGCCUGUCCAAUCCCCCUUCCCUUUCACUUCCCUCAAACAAGUGUACACUUUCUUUAGCCAAAGUGGUCCAGGCAUUGCCUACUUUAAGCCACAAGUCUGCCAACAUCAGCAAAGGACUGCCCAAUGUGGAGAGCUGCAACCAAUUCUGUCCCCCGCCUGCCCUUUCGUGUAGCAAGGAUAACUAAGCCCACUCUAAGAACAGAGGGAGAGAGGUUUUUUGUUUGUUUGUUUUUUGAGAAGGCAGCUCCCAUUUCUUCUAGCAGCAACAACUUCCCAAA